AUGUGGGGAAAAUCAAACGAGAAAAACUGGAAAUUUGCCUCGGAGCGGGUAAAGUGCCUGCACAGUUUGACGCGUGAACAUCGUGCCACACCUCGCACAAUCGGUCGUGGCCCUCGCUGUGCAACAAAGGCUUGUCCCAAACUCUCCUGCGCUCUCUCAACUCACUUCCCGCUAUACAUCAUGGCUCGAUUCGGAAAGCCUCAAGGCGGCGCAACCGAGCGCGCCAUCACCGCUGACACCCUGAGCAAGGGUCAGAUCUGGUUCAGCUUCGCCCUCGUCUCAUCCCUCUUCUUCGUAUGGGGUCUAUCUUACGGUCUUCUUGAUUCCCUCAAUAAGACCUUCCAGGACUCGCUUCAUUUGACCAAGGCACAGUCCACCGGUCUGCAAGCUUGUUACUUUGGUGCCUACCUCGUCAACGGUCCCAUCAGCGGCCCCCUCAGUCGCAAGUAUGGAUACCGAUUCUCCAUUCACGGUGGUCUCGGUCUCUUCUCCAUCGGUGCCAUCCUCUUCUGGCCUUGCGCCGUUUACUACAGCUAUCCUGGCUUCCUCGUCUGCACGUUUGUCACCGCUUCCGGUCUGGCUUGGCUCGAGAUGGCUGCCAACUCGUACAUCACUGUACUCGGUGCCCCCGACAUGGCUGCCUUCCGUCUCGUCUUCGCUCAGUCGUGGAACGGUGUUGCUUCCGUUCUUGGACCUAUCAUUGCCGGUCGCACUUUCCUCAAGACUGGACAUUCGCACACUCUCAAUCACUUGCAGUGGGUCUACCUUGGAAUCUCAGCUUUCGGAUGUAUCAUCAACCUCCUCUUCUUCAUUGCUAAGCUUCCCGAAGUCAAACAAGAGGUGGACUCCUCCAUCGAAGAGAAGCCCGUCUCGAUCUGGACUCAGAAACACCUCCUUUGGGGAGCCUUCGCAGAGUUCAUGUACGUCGGUUCUCAGGUCGCAGUUGCUUCGCUUACGAUCAACUACUACGUUGAGCAGCCUGGUCUCAACAUCUCGGUCACGCGCGCUGCUGAUCUCUUCUCCGUCACCCUGGCGGUCUUCACCAUCGGUCGCUUUAUCGGGAUUCCCAUCCUGACUCGAGUUGAUUCGGCCCUGAUCCUCUGCCUCUGCGGUCUCGGAUGCAUCUUGAUGUCGAUCCUUACCGCCGUCGUACCCGGAGCUGGUGGUAUCGCGUGCCUCAUGCUCAUUUUCUUCUUCGAAUCCGUCUGCUACCCGAUCAUCUUCACGCUUGCCACCAGCAACCUCGGCUCCAACCAGAAGCUUGGAUCCGCUCUCGUCGCCGCCGGUGUCUCUGGUGGUGCUUGGAUGCCCUCCGUUCAAGCUACCGUUGCUGAUAAGACCACGACUCACCGAUCGUUCUUCGUCCCCAUCUCUGGUUUCGCUGUCGUUUCGGCCUACGGUCUGUACAUGCACAUGCGUGGUUGCAAGCAGCAGGGUUACUGGAGCUGGAGGAAGCUCGACAAGGAGACGACCAUGGGUCUCACUGCCGCUCCUCACACGGACAUCGAGCAUGUUGAGCAGACGAGCUCGGACAAGGACGUCAAGAUCGGUCAGUCUAGCCCUACUUACCCUUCGGUGCCUUACCAGCACUAG